AUGUCUCUCAAGAAGGAGAAAACGCUUACGAGAAUAGAAUCAGUAAAUCACAAACCCAGAAGGAGAAAAAAACCUUACCAAGAGCUGUUGUUGAUGACUUUGUGUGAGCUAGAGGGCGGCGCUCCCAACGGCGUUGGCGGAGGUGGUGUUACAAGAGGAAGCGGUGGCCGGCUGGUGGCUAAGGGGCUGGCGGAGUGUUGCAGAUCGGAGAUGUAG